AACCGCAGCGAGGGUGGCAAGAAAGUUUAUCAAAGCUCCCUCCACCAACGUCUCGCUUAGCGACAUCAAUCCUGGGCUGAAUCGUGGCCGUAAAUCGAGGACUAACUGCAACGGAGCAUAGAAUGGGAUCCAAUAUUCGGGAACAGGCUGAAACCAGUUCUAGAUGUUUGACUUGCUGAAUAUACAAUUAAAGCUUUAUGUACACAAAGGAAGCAGCACCAUAUUAAGGUCACCAGAGCAGCUUGAAGUGGGUGUGGAGUCACAGAGAAUUAUUUUCAUUUUCACUUCGACUUUCAAGCUGAACUCUCGAUCUUUCGGGCGGGGAGAUUUUUAUUUUUAUUUUUUGAAAAAAGAACUUAUUUUCCAGGUGACUAACUCGAAGGGCUGAAUCCAGAGGGAAUUUAAUUUUUAAAAAACAAACAGGAGGCAUUUAAGGACGUGCCAGGAUGCCGUGCCGGGAAUCGAGUGGGUCGGAAAGCUACUUGAUCUGGAUCCGAAGCCAACUUCAGAACCACUUGAUCCUGAUGGCUUUCUCUCUGUCUCUGGGAUCGGUGUAAUCGGGAGGAGAAAAAAUGUUCCUGAUGCUUCACAUCGUCUUGAUGAUCCACUUGCUGUUCCUUCCGGAUACCUGGUCCUGUGAAUCGUGGGAAUACUCAAUUGGAGGGGAGUGUUGUCCCAAGUGUGACCCAGGACUCCGCGUUUUAACGCAUUGCACCCGUAGUACCAAUACAGUCUGCGUUCCCUGUAACCCCGGAUGGUUUAUGGACCACCCGAAUGGACUGACCAUGUGCUUAAAGUGCCGACAAUGUUCUCCAGGGAAUCACAUGCAAGUGAAGGAGCGGUGCCACUAUUCGCAGAACACGAAAUGCACCUGCCAGCCGGGUUUUUUCUGUUCUUACCAACUGGAGGAGGAUUCUUGCGACAUUUGCGUGAGGCACUCAAACGCACCCCCGGGUUUUAGGGUGACGCAAGUUGGCACCGAAACUCAGGACGUGAAAUUUGAACCCUGUCCUCCGGGGACAUUUUCAUCGAAAGAAAUGUCCUUGUCUUGCGUGAAAUGGACCGAUUGCAGUGAGAAAGACAUGGUCAAAACACGCAGCGGUAAUGCAACUUCUGAUGUGGUGUGUGAGCCCCUACCUCAAAGCCACCUGCCUCUAAUCUUGGGUCUCGGCAUCCCCGCUGUGCUGAUUCCCCCGGCCUUCCUUUUAGCCUUCCUACUUUGGAGGAAGAAAGCCUUCGGCAAAAAAAAAGAGGUUCAGGCAGAACAGCCACAGGAGAAGGAUCAUAUGAUGACACCCAUUCAGGAAACUGCCCCAAACAUUGGAGAGCCGAGUUACGCAUAAUGUUGAGAGGCGACAAGGUUCACAAUACUACCGAGGCCAGCCACAACUUGUGAGUUUGUGGUGGGAAAAAGCUGACUGUAAUUAGAUGUCCUCUGUUGGGAUCUGUUUGAAAGCAUCCCGUUCCAGAUUCAUGGACCAAGUUGAAACACAUGCGGACCUACAGAGGGGAAAAUCUCUCUUCUCAAGGAAGGGCAAAACACUGAUCUUACCAGAAAAGAACACUACAAAACACACACACACAGACACAGACAGUAACACAAUUUUUCUGGCAAGCAUCGGCGUUCUCGCAGCAUCCGGGAACAAGCAGGGGGUUGGACUAGAAGACCUUCGAGGUCCCUUCCAGCUCUAUGACUCCACGCUUUGAAAAUGAAGAGCCCCCUCUGACUGCGGGUAGUCCUCGGCUAACGACUGAGCCUAAAGUAUUUCUGUUGCUAAGCGAGGUAUUGGCCACAGUUGUUAAGGUGGAAGUGGUUAGUUAAGUGAAUCUGGUCUUCCCCGGGGACUUUAAUUGUCACUAGAUCACAAAGAGGGAUCACCGGAGCCCGGGACGCAACAACCAUCGUAACCAUGAGUCCGUUACCAAUUCCGAUGGCGUGGCCAUCAUAAAUACGAGACAGUUGCCAAGCUGACUCAAUUCUGAUCCAUUCCGAAUGCCGCGACGGUUGUAAAAGUGUGAAAAAUGGGUCAGUUUUCAGCGCCGUUGUAACUUCAGCCACUAAAUGAACUCUUGAAGUCCA